AUGGCAAUUGACUUGCGAGCAACAUGCACGCCCAGUUAUACGAACUCAAGGUGUCUGUGGCGCCUCAUCGUCACCGUCAAAGUCGACAAGCACACCUGUGGAGUUGACGGACAAAAUCUGGACGAGACAUUUCGACUCAAGGAGAACGGAAAGAAACGGAAUCUGGUCGCUCCCUUUACACAUUCGCUAGCCGAAGCAGACCUCCGUCUCCUGCAAGUCGUUCACUUAUGCAACUUUGUGCUCUUAAUUGAUCACAUUGCUCGCAGCAUCAGGAGCCUCCAGCACUCACCACCUAUCGACGGCCUGUUAUACGUCAAGUCCUACGCUCGGAGCACUUUCCUACGUGCAGCAUCGCAUGCAACGCACGAGAUACAACAGGCGCAUUGUGUCAGCGUCAAGAGUCGGGAGUACAGUCCUCCUCCGCCAGGAUUUUUCAUUAACCCUCCUGCAAGGGCUCUUGAUCGACUCAUUCAAAUUGCAGAUGCACCGUUACCCACUGCAAACGCUCCUCCCAAUGACCCCGACAGGCUCAUUCAAAGACCCAACCCACCGUCACUCAAGGACAGCACGGCUUUUCCACAGUGGAAGAAAUCCUUCCAGGACCUUGCCAACGAUGGCCCAGGGUUCACUCUCCUCCUUGAAAACCUCGACGAAUGGCUUACAACUGUUCAAGCGCAUGCAUCCCCAAGCAGCCGCAAAAAACGUCAGGCAAUGGAGUAUCGAUGGGAAAUUUAUGUGGGUAUAAUGGAGCAAGGGAUUUCUGGCGAACGUACAUGGCACUCGGAUGUCAUCCUCAAGUAUGGGCCAAAAUUUCUGCCCGUUCUCAAUCACCUCGCUCGUGGCACAAAAGGCCGGAAAUCUAUAAAGGCGUCUACUCUCCAAGAUCCAUGUUAUAUUUUUUUCUCUCUCCACAACUGUAACCUUUCCCCAGUCAUUCGCACUUCCAACCUUGACCGCCAUCAAGAUGAAAAGGUCUACUUUGGUCGGUACGAGAUCAAAUUGAUGAUUGAAGUUGCACUCCGAAAAUCUGCGACAUCCGGACGCAUGAUCGCUAUCCGAUCAAUCUGUAUUCUUCUUACCUGCUUUUACACCAGUCUCCGACCAGGAUCACUUGGUUUUUCAUUUGACGAGUACCUGAGGGAUGGAAAAUUUCCCAUCCUUGCUGAUGUUCAAGUGUUUCGCGUGAGCGAAAUGGCUUUCAAGGUCAAGUUGACCAUAAAGAACUUCAAGGGUUUCAAUUCAACCGUCCAGGGACAAGCUCGCGAAUACUGGCUUACUCCCAUCCAAAACUGGGAAAACGUCACCUUUGAUGUCGCGUUUUGGUUUCUAGCAGCCAAUUCUGGAGGUCGCGCUUUUCAAGACCCCCCUCACCCAAUGUCAGCAAGAUCUGUUUCAGCAUUGUGUAGCAUUCUUUCACGAGAUGCUGGUAUGCCAAAAUCUGGCCUGUAUUCCAUCCGCAGGGAAACUGGAAAUAGAUACGAAGUCCUCAUUGGAAAAUCGCGUGCCGCAAUGAUCAUGGGCCAUGCCAGACCCGGAUCUCUCAAAUACUAUUCUCACAACACAGGAAACAUUGACCUCGUGGGCGUCACCAUGAACGCGUUGCCACGGGGACAUGAUGUCAAUGCCCUCCACGCCGACAUGUUGAAUAAGGACUCAACACCUGCCAUUCAGGCUGUCCUUUCACUUGUGGACAUUGUUGAUGAGGACGAAGAGGACGACGAUGAAGAGAACGACAACACCAACAAGAAGGAAAGAGUUGAAUUUGUGAUCAAGAAACCCACGCUCUCACAUGAGGAUAAACUUGGUUUACAUGAGGCUGACGUCGAGAUGAACAAGCUCGCAAAGGAAGAAGUCACAGCGUGGGAUGCCUGGUUGGCGUGUUACACACCUCGCGAUGACGGUGUCCCAUUUGGUCGCGCGUUGUCGGCCAUGAAUCGUUACUUGGCAGCAGAUGGUGUGAGGCCGAUUGCUGAUGAGGAGACCAUUACCAAGGCACUUAAUCAUCUGAAAAAAGCAGUGAGCGAAGCUGGUAAACGUAGGCGACGUAUCAACCGGCUGGGACAAUCUGCACUCAACUCUAAAGAAGACAAGCGGCGUCUUGCUGCAAUUAAAGGAACUGCCCAAGAUUUGAAGCGCGCUGCUGAGCAACUCGCCAAACCAUCACAUUUCCUGACAACGUCGCUUGGUACAGGGAUCUUGGAAUCUAUGGUUGCUGGUCCCUCAAUCCAACCAUUGAUCCCUCCUGUACCUAGGCCCUCAACUGUUCCUGCACCUACGUCCUCGAUUCUUCUUGCACCUACGCCCUCAAUUCUUCCUGCACCUAGGCCCUCAAUCCCUCCCACACCUAGGCCCUCAAGCCCACCACCACCAUCAGGCCCCUCAUUGGGGCUGUUGAACAAGGGCUCUUUACUUCCAGGCCCUUCACCUGCGCCACCACUGACUUCCUUGCUCCCAAAUCCUUCGCCUAUCCCAUCACCAGGAAUCUCGGGCCCAGAAGGUUCAAGUGAAUUUCUUGAGCAUGUAGCAGCCAAUAUGCAACUUGAUCAAGACGAGGAAGAUUCUGAGGAAGAAGAGGAAGGGGUCGACACUGAGAUUCAGAACAUGUUUGAUCAGGCGUUGCAACUCACUUCAGCUGAGUACAAGCCUGAUGAUCCCCAGCCUCUCGUUGAUGAAAGUGAACCACCUACAAGCAUCGCAGAUGUUGAGAAACCACCUCCCGCAGAUGCAGAGUUCACAGCGGCCGAAAUCCGUUCACUGCUCAUGGAGGUGGUCCUUCAGCCUGUCUUUCUGGAUCGAGCCUUGCUCGCCAUGAUGAUGAUGGCAAAUGGCGGUGUCCGCGUUGUAAAGAAUUGUAUGGCCAUGACCCUGAAUCGCAAGAGCACGACCAUGGAUCGCGGACACAUUUGGAGAGACAUAUUUAUACCAAACAUUCAGACUGGAAAGAUCUUGUCCUCCAAAUGCUUACUGCCAACAGCGACGUAUUCAAAUGCCCUACUCAUGGCUGUGACUUCAAGGCAGAGACAGAAGCCCUCGUUCGCACCCACUGCCUUGAGGAGUGCAGUGCAUCUGAAUUGUAUGGUACACUUGCAAAGUCGCACACCAAAAAGUACAGGGCUAGACGUGGGAUCAAAAGCCACCAGAUCACCAGCACCCAAAUUACGCAGCGAGCCACAAGACGCGUGGAAGAGCCAUCGUGCAAGACUGCAUGCCAACGUCGACUCCCUCAUUGGCCAGGCCGACACCUUUUCCACGUCGGACAAACACAUCCCGGUCACGGUGUCGGAGCUUCUUGAGCUCGUUGAGGAGUUGUCUGAUCUUUCUGAGGAUUCUGAAUAA